AUGAACUAUUUCACGGGUUUAUUUCUGUGUGUCUUCAUCGUUGUUGUGGAAAGUUAUGGAUAUCGGAGGACCUUUAUGCCUAUGGCUAAGGUGGACCUUAAUGUUUUCUCCGGUAGACCCAACCCAUCUGUUGAAGUACCACUUCCCUUAAUGAUGAAUAUGAUGAAGAAAUUUCCUCUCAGACCUACGAAGAACAAUCCUCGAGCUCUUGGAUAUCGUGGUUUUAUUGUAAAUAUGGGAACAAUGUCAAUGCCAAUUCCUGGAGGUUCGAGCAGAGAACUUGAAGGGAUGAUGAUGAAAUUUUUCAACAUUCCGAUGGAAGUCAGAGACCAUUGUAACCAGCAGAUUUUUGGCAAAGACAGAAACAAUCCUUUGUACACGGAAUUUACGAGUUCAAGAACUUGUCAAAACCCCCAGUCAUCAACUAUGUUUCAACCAUCUAGGUGGAAUUCAAAUUCAAUGAUACAAGAACAAAAUAACUGUUAUAACUAUGCCACUGACAUCAUCACAAACACAUUUGCACAACCGGGACGAGCCAGUGGAUAUAAUUACCCAAGUACCACCGGCCAAAAUUUGCAGUAUAGUUCUGAAUUAGAUGGACUGGUUCGUGUUGAGCCGCCAUCUGAACAGUGUUUACCGGUUCCGAACAGGAAUUUAGUUGCUCUAGUAAUAUGGCCUGGAAUGGACUAUCACUUUUACCGUUUAGAUAGCGAUGGAACUUUCUCGCACAAACCUGGUCAGACGAUUGCCCGAAAUUACGACAAUAGCGGUGAAACUAUCACAGACCCAAGAUCGGCCGAUCGUGGACCUUACACAACCUUCCACUGCUUUAUGGAGACCAGUUCGAACAGCGUUCGCAUCAUGUAAAUUGAAAUAGUUAUUAAAAAAAAAAAGAAGCUACAACGCUUGUA